UGGGGUGCUGGCAGGGUCAGCCUGUGAGAGUGAGUGCCUCUUUAAAUUUGCGUCACAGACGCCUGCUGACCUCACCCCAGUCCAGGCCCUGCGAUUGGUCAGGCCAUCAAAGCCUCGCCCCUGCUAAUCGCUGCUGCCGCCAUCUUUGCUGCAGAGAACGCCGAGGAAGACGCUGCAGACCUGCCUUCCCAACCGUAUGUAGGCGAGAAGCCAGUGCUGAUACUCCCACUAACCCAUAAUGUCCCACCAGGCCCCAGAGUGGAAGAGGGCUGAGUCUAAUUCAAGCGAUCUUGGGGCCAGCUGGGAUGGCAGAGGCAGCAGAGGCAGGGGCUGGAGCGGCCCCUCCGGCCUUCAGGGACCUAGAGCAGCUGACUCCCGUGAACCGCCAUUGUGCUUUAAGAUAAGGAGCAGUAUGGUUGGUGCGGUAAUUGGUCGCAGUGGAUCCAAAAUAAAAGCUCUAGAACGGUCAACAAACACUUUAAUACACAUCGUAAAGGGGGCAUCUGAAGCAGAAGUAAACGUUUUUGGUAACAAGGAAAUGAAAGAAAAGGCCAAAGCAGCCAUAGAGACUCUUAUUAGAAAACAGGAAAGCUACAACUCAGAAUCCAGUGUAACUAAUGCUGCAUCCCAACCUCCUAUUGGAAGAAAUGUAUGCCGAAAUGACAGUGUUAGAGAAGCGCGGCCAUCGUUAGAUUGGGAUCAAAUUAGGGCUAGCGGUCUGGAGAGGGAAAAGAGCAAAUGGGCAGAUUUACCACCAAUCAAGAAAAACUUUUACAUAGAAUCCAAAGCAACAAGCUCCAUGUCUGAAAUGCAGGUGAUUAACUGGAGAAAGGAAAAUUACGAUGUAACAUGUGAUGACUUGAGUGGGGAAAAGCGUCUCAUCCCCAAACCUGCUUGUACGUUUGAAGACGCUUUUCAGCAAUACCCUGAUCUUUUGAAAAGCAUAACAAGGGCAGGAUUCAGAAAGCCAACACCAAUUCAAUCCCAAGCAUGGCCAAUUAUUCUACAAGGAAUAGAUCUUAUAGGAGUUGCACAAACUGGAACAGGGAAAACGUUGUCCUAUUUAAUGCCUGGGUUUAUUCAUCUUGAUUCUCAACCAAUAUCUAGAGAGCAAAGGAAUGGUCCUGGGAUGCUGGUUCUUACACCCACUAGAGAGUUGGCUGUUCAGGUGGAAGCUGAAAGUUCAAAGUACUCAUAUAAAGGUCUUAAAAGCAUCUGCAUAUAUGGUGGUCAAAACAGACAAGAACAAAUAGAAGACAUUAGCAAAGGUGUAGAUAUCAUUAUCGCCACUCCUGGGAGGCUGAAUUACCUACAGAUGAAUAAUUCUGUCAACCUAAGAAGCGUAACUUAUUUAGUUAUGGAUGAGGCAGAUAAAAUGCUGGAUAUGGGAUUUGAACCCGAGAUAAGGAAGAUUUUAAUGGAUGUGCGCCCAGACCGGCAGACUGUUAUGACAAGUGCAACUUGGCCAGAUACUGUUCAUCGACUGGCACAUUCUUAUUUGAAAGAUCCUAUGAUGGUUUAUGUUGGUACUCUGAAUCUUACGACCACAAAUACAGUGAAGCAAAAUAUAAUUGUUACCACAGAAAAAGAAAAACGAGCUUUUAUCCAAUAAUUCAUAGAGAACCUGAUGCCAAAUGAUCAAGUCAUCUUGUUUGUCCACCAAAAAUACAUUGCUGAUGACUUAUCAAGUGACUUCAAUAUCCAAGGCGUAUCUGCAGAAGCACUGCAUGGCAACAGAGAACAGAGUGACCAAGAACGAGCAUUAGAGGACUUUAAAAGUGGAAACACAAAGGUACUGAUUACAACUGAUUUAAUAGCCAGAGGCCUUGAUAUUAAUGAUGUCACGCAUGUAUAUAAUUACGAUUUCCCAUGGAAUAUAGAAGAAUACCACAGAGUAGGGCGCACUGGACGGGCAGGAAAGAUGGGCACAUCAGUUACCCUCAUCACUCAGAGAGAUUUAAAAAUGGCUAGUGAAUUGAUUAAAAUUCUGGAAAGGACAAAUCAGAGUGUUCCGGAAGAUCUGGUACUAAUGGCUGAGCAAUACAAGUUAAAACAACAAAAGAGGGACACAGAGAAACGAUCAAGAAAAACUGGAGAAAGAUGCAAGGAGUUUUACUGAUGUUUAAGUUGAAAAGUUGUACCAGGCUACUAGCAGAUUCCAGGCAUGUUAAUGUUAUGCAGUAUUGAAUAUACAUAAGGAAGUAUCGGAAACAUACUGGCCAUUUGAAGAAACAACUAAUUCUUAAAUAAUUCUGCUGAACUUUCAA